GUGACUGAACCUUGCCCCCGAGACCUGUCACAGCAGGACGGACACCCUGUCCUUGGCCACACCAUGGCGGGCCCACUGUGCCUGGUCCUGCUCAGCGCUUCCCUGGCCUGCCUCCCGCUGCUGGGGGGCAGUGUGUUUCUCAGCCCGGAACGUGCCAGCAGCGUCCUGGGGCGCGUCCGCAGGGCCAAUUCGUUUUUGGAGGAGAUGAAAAAAGGCAACCUGGAAAGAGAAUGUAUGGAGGAGAUGUGUUCCUUUGAGGAAGCCCGCGAGGUCUUUGAGGACACAACCAAAACGUUGGAAUUCUGGAAUAAAUACAAAGAUGGUGACCAGUGUGAGAGCAGCCCUUGCCAGAACCAGGGCCAGUGCAAAGACGGCCUCCUGGAGUACUCGUGCAUCUGUCCAGAAGGAUACGAGGGCAAAAACUGUGAAUUGUCCACGCGGAAACUCUGCAGCGUCGAUAACGGGGACUGUGACCAGUUCUGCAGGGAGGAGCAGAGCUCCGUGGUGUGCUCCUGUGCCAGCGGGUAUGUCCUCGGCGACAAUGGCAAAUCCUGCAUCUCCACAGAGCCUUUCCCCUGUGGGAAAACCACUGUGGGACGCAGGAAGAGGGCCACCGAGACUGCCCCCAGCAGCGAGGCUCCCCCAGACGCAGAGGAAGAGGCCGGCAUGCUGGAGGAGUAUGACCCCGGAGACCUGUCUCCCACCCAGAGCACCAUGUUCCUGCUGCCUUUCAACCAGACAACCUCUGACCCCGACGAGGAUGCAAGUGGCCUGGUCCGGAUCGUGGGUGGCCAGGACUGCAGAGAUGGCGAGUGUCCCUGGCAGGCUCUGCUCAUCAAUGAGGAGAAUGAGGGGUUUUGCGGAGGUACCAUCCUGAGCGAGUACUACAUCCUCACUGCAGCUCACUGUCUCCAGCAAGCCAAGAAAUUCACGGUGAGGGUAGGUGAACGGGACACAGACAAGGAGGAGGGCAAUGAGGCGGCACACGAGGUGGAAAUGAUCAUCAAGCACAACAAGUUUGUCAGGGAGACAUACGACUUUGACAUCGCGGUCAUCAAGCUGAAGACGCCCAUCACCUUCCGCAUGAACGUGGCGCCCGCCUGCCUGCCGCAGAAGGACUGGGCCGAGUCCACACUCAUGACGCAGAAGACAGGCAUUGUAAGCGGCUUCGGGAAAACCCACGAGAAGGGCCGCCUGUCCACCACCCUCAAGAUGAUGGAGGUGCCGUAUGUGGACAGGAACACGUGCAAGCUGUCCAGCAGUUUCAGCAUCACCCAGAACAUGUUCUGUGCCGGCUAUGACUCGAAGCCCGAAGACGCCUGUCAGGGGGACAGCGGGGGCCCCCAUGUCACCCGAUUCAAGGACACCUACUUUGUCACUGGCAUUGUCAGCUGGGGAGAAGGAUGUGCUCGGAAGGGGAAGUAUGGGAUCUACACCAAGGUCACCAACUUCCUCAAGUGGAUCGAUAGGUCCAUGAAAGCUAGGGGAGUGGCCCCAGCACUGGCGGGGGGCCCCCACACCUAACCCCCAUUAAAGUCAUCCCACCUGCA